CUAAUCCCUAUGAUGUGGUUUCUGUAGCUUCAAAAGGUUAGCACAUGCAAACAUCAGCAAUUCGAAAGGUGGAGAAGGAAUACAGUGGAGUCUCCUGCGCUGUCAGAGUUUCUGCUAAAAUCGCCAACUGAGAACAAACAGGAACUUGAUCAGCCCAUGAAGAAAGUGCAAACUGAAGGCCAGCUACUCUUGCAGGGACAGAGUCUGCAUCUUGCUGAUGAUGGCAAGCUUUAUAGGAAGGAGAAAGAUGUUCUUUACAAAGAAGAGUCCUCUCUCAGCCUGAUGAAAUUUGAAUGCUGUUCUCCUGUAGUCCUGCAGCAACUGAUUGUGAACCUUAAAAGCCAGAUCAACGAUCUUCAGGAAGCCAACGAGACUGCUGUCUUAGAGCUAGGAAAAGCAGAUGAGGAGAUUUCACACCUGAAGAAUGAAAUGGCUCAAUUAAAAUCUGAAUAUCUACAAAAGAUAGCCGACUUCAAAGAAGAAAACCUUAUUUUGAAGAAAAAGAUCAACAGGAUGCACAACAGACAUGAUCCAGUAGAUACUUAUGAACAGGUCCUGCAUGAAGAGAUUUGUGAGCUAAGAAGUGAAUCCAGGAGGCUGAGGGAAAUCAGUCACCAGUUGAAUGAGGAAAACCACAGACUGAAAGAAGAACUAUGGGAUGGGAAGAGGCAAUAUGAAUGGCUAAUGCAUACAGUUACUGGCAAACAAGAUGAAAGAGUGCAAGAACGUUCUAGGAACAAUGCUUCUCCGUCAUCUAUAAAUAGUGAGUCUACUGAAAUUCUGAUUGCUGGGUACUGUGACACAGGGCUAGCAAAAGAAAACAGAGACUUGAAAGCUUCUGUUCACAUGAGCAAUGAAAGCCAAGAUUUACCAGUUUUGACAUACUGA